AUGCCUCGCCGAAGAUUCAUCGACAAGAAGAACGCCACCACCUUCGCCCUCGUACACCGCGCCCAAAAUGACCCGCUCAUUCACGACGAAGAUGCACCCUCCAUGGUGUUUGCGGAAAAGACCGCAACACAAAGACCGCGCCGCCCAACAGAAGACGACUACAUGUACUCCGACGCUGCGUCGGUGAUUUCGGGGGGUUCCAGCGCGGUGUACAGAUCUGCGAAGACGCAGCAGCGCGGCGAUCUAGAAGAGGAGUUUGGGGUUGGCGUGCGGGCGAAUGAGGGCGAGGCGGCGCAGCAUGGCGUGUUCUUCGAUGAUACGAAAUAUGAUUACAUGCAGCAUAUGCGUGAUUUGGGCACGGGCGACGGGCCGGUGAUGUGGGUGGAGGCGGCGAAGCCGAAGCAACAGCAGGGAAAGGGAAAGCAAAAACUGGAGGAUGCGUUACAGAGCAUGGAGAUCGCCAGUGUGGAUGGAAGCACACGGAACACCACAUCCACCUCUGCGUCGAUGCGGAGCAUAUUGCCAGACGAAAUGUUCGGAAGCGAAUUUGUGAAGAAGCAGACGUAUCAGGACCAGCAGGAUGUUCCCGAUGCGAUUGCUGGCUUCCAACCCGACAUGGACGAGCGGGUACGGGAGAUGCUGGAGGCCUUGGAGGAUGAAGCUUACGUGGACGACGGGGAAGACGACUUCUUCGGUGAGCUCAUUGACGAUGGCCUGGAGUAUGACAGGGAGGAAUGGGAAGAGAUUGGAGUACAGUUAUGGGAUCAGGGAGCAGAGGACGACGCUGCAUCGGACAGCGAAGAUACCGUCCGCGCAUCCAGUCCGCCUCCAACUCUUGACCUGCCCGAAGGCGAGACCGCAAAGCCGCCGGAAGACACUCAGGCCGUACCGCCCGCUGAUCCCACGGGUGGCGCAUGGUUUGACGAGUUCAAGAAGUUCAAAUCCGCCGCCAAAUCAUCCGAUGCUCCUGCCGUGCGUGCUGUUCCCUCGACCCUCGAAUCGUCCGCCUUAUCUUCGUUGGCCGCCGGCCGCAAGAAGAAGCGCAAAGGCGCGAAGACCUCCACGACCAACUACUCCAUGACUUCUUCCGCUCUAGCCCGGACCGAUCACCAGACGCUUCUCGAUGACAGAUUUGACAAACUGGAAUCCGCUUAUGCCUUGGAUGAGUUUCCCGAUGACGAAGAGGAUGAUGGAAGAUUCGAUGAUGCGCUCAGCUCGGCAUCCGCUCCCCAACUCCAGCGAAGCGACUUCGACUCCAUCAUGGACGAUUUCCUCGGGGGCCAUGCAAAGACUGGGAAGCAGGGAAAGCGAAUCAGACGAGGAGGUCCGCAGAGUGGGAUGGAGCAGUUGGAGGAGGUUCGCAAAGGCCUGGGCCCGGCAAGGCUGCAAUCGCGGACUGCUGCUUCUUAG